CUUUCACUCUCAGACUCUUCUUUCACCUCAUCAGUGGUAUCAGAGCAUUCUCUCAAACGAGCUCUACCUAUGGCCAAUGAAUCCUCUACAACCAUCACCUCUCCUAUUUUCACCAAUGCUGCCAUUCCUAUUGGACAAAAUACCAAUAUCACUUUCAAUGUUGUUGCUCAUUUUCCUCUCAAACUUACUAACAACUAUCCAUCUUGGAUCGGUCAAUUUGGCAUGCUAUUCUCACGAGUCACGUUGGUUUCAGAACCGAUUGCUCCCUACAUAUCUACGGUCGAGACCGCACAACAAGCAUGGAGAAUCUUGGCCAAUCUCUAUGCGAACCACUCAAGAUCCAGGAUGUUUACACUCAAGGAGCGCCUCCAAAAUACUCGUCCAGAUGGGUGCACCAUCACCGAAUUUCUCCAUCAACUCAAGGUGCUUGCUGAUGAACUUGCUGCAAUAGACAAACCCCUCACCAACGAUGAUCUAACGGUAUAUGUCCUCAAUGGGAUUGGACCUAAAUUUCGUGAGAUCUCUACUUCACUACGCGCUCAAGAUGAGCCACUUUCUUUUGAAGAACUUCAUGACAGAUUAGUUGCACAUGAAGAAAGUAUGCAUAGGGAAGAAGGUCGAAUUGAAAACACACUAGUGACUGCCCACUUUGCUGCCAUGCCCACUAGAAAGCUUGCUGGUGCUAAUAAUCGUAUCACCACUGAUCUGUCCAACUUGGCACUACACUCAAAAUAUAAUGGCCUUGAUGAACUACUAAUUGGAGAUGGCUCAGGAUCGCAACACAGGGGCGAUACUACUGCGAAGGCAAAACCAACAUGGGAUGUACCAAGUUCCUCAAAUGAGCCCCAACAGACAACUACCCAUGGCACAUCUUGGGGAAAAGACAUCGGGAAUAAAUUGGCAUGCAAGGCUGGGACACCCAUCAUCUAAGAUAUUCCAAAAAAUUCUCAGUGUUAUCAAUCUGCCAUUAAUAAAUAAAUCUGAUGGGUUUUA